AUGGCGAACGACCGGGAGGUUUUGCGUGAAAUAUGGGAUGGAAAACUUCCCGUUUGUUUUCAGCUAGAUCAAGAAGAGAUUAUGGAAAUACAGCAACCAGACCCCUUUUAUGUAAUGGUUCCCCGGUUAAGUUAUUUUCCCCUUGUAAUUGAUAAGAUGAAAAGGCAUUUUCUUCGUUAUAUAUCCCAAGAAAAUGCUGACAAUGAAAUGUGGAUGGAUUAUAAUGGUCAACCAUUGAAAUGGCAUUAUCCCAUUGGAUUCUUAUAUGAUUUAUAUUGUGGAAAUGAUCCCCAAACACCUUGGACUUUAACAGUGCAUUUCAGCAAGUUUCCUGGAAACAUUUUGCUUCACUGCCCAAACAAAGAUGUAGUAGAGGCUCACUAUAUGUCAACAGUAAAAGAGGCUGAUGUUCUAAAACACAGGGGACAAAUCAUGUCUGCUAUGCAAAAAAAAGAUCACAACCAGCUAUGGUUAGGAUUACAAAAUGACAAAUUUGAUCAAUUUUGGGCAAUUAAUAGAAGACUUAUGGAAGCACAUGGGGAUAAUGAUGGAUUUAAACAUAUUCCCAUUAGGAUAUAUUCAGAAGAUGGUACAUGCACACAACGGUUAAUUAGUCCCAAAAACAUUGAUGGAAGUAGAAAAAUAAUUCAACAGCUUAUAUCUGAACUGUAUCCAGAAAAACCAGUAAAAUUAAGAACACAUGGCAUCACAAUCCCACUUGACACACCACUGCAGUGGCUAUCGGAACAUUUAAGCUACCCAGAUAAUUUUCUUCAUGUCUGUGUGUGUUAG